UCCCCCUCCCCGUCUUAGCGCCAGUCAGUGUGCGAGUGCGAGGACGCUCAGUGCCUGACGGGCUGGAAAUGAGCUCUGGAGUUUGGCCGCGGCCGGCAGGGGCGCGGAGCGGGCAGGCUAUCCGCGGCGUAACUGCGCCCGCGAGUUCCGACGGCUCCGCGGCUCUCCAGACCCAGCUGAGCGGACCGAGACUGACUUCUGUUGAAUAAGCUCCGGCGUCUCCUCGCCCUGCCCCUCGGAGAAGCCGGUACCAUCGCCGAGCGUCCGACCGCCCCCCUCCCCCACCCCACCCCCCUUUUUUCAGCCGGGAGCCGGGAGGAGGAGGAGGAGGAGGCGGCUGCGCCGCCGGUGCCGCUCCAGAGCCGCCUUUGAUGUGGGCGCGGUGCACACCGCUGAGCUGAGCUCCCGUCCGGCCGCGCCCCGAGGGGGGAGCCCCCCAUCCCCGCAUCCUCAUUGUGCCGGCUCCGCUCGGGCCCCGGCCCUCCCUUCCCCACGCCCCCCCUCUGGCCCCCCUCCCUCGCCGCCCGCGUUGAAAACGCCCCGGCCGCCGCCUGUGGUGGGAGGUGGUGAUGCGGACGGACGGAGACGGGGCGAGGAGGAAACAUGAGCCGGCGGGAGCCCAGACGGAGCGGCCUUAACGCCUCCCCGAAGCGGUGUGCCUCGACCCCCGCGCCCUGACCCCCCAGCCCCACGCCCCCCCCCCCCCCCCCCCCCCCGCUCCCCCAAAGAGCCAGCCCCGCCCGACCUUUCCGCCCUGCCGGCCAUGCUGUCCCCGGAAUAACCUGCUUGCGCCGCAGACGAGACUAGACUUCCAGCGGCAGCGGGUCAGAACCCCGAACCGCGGCGCCCGGGAGCCGAGUCCAGAGCGUCCCCAGGAGGCUAGGAGCGGGCGGCCACCCCCUCCCCGUGCUUCGGAAGGUCCCAGUCAGCCGAAGCGCCAGCUCCUCCGACCCCCCGAGGGCGCAAGGCCCGGGUAGAGGAGGCGGCGGGAGCGGAGGCGCUGAUGCCGCAGGGAGCGGCCGGCAGGGCAGCGGAGCAGCAGCAGCAGCAGCAGCGGCCGUGGCGGCGUUGGCAGCGGCGCCCGCUCCAGUCUUCGUCCUCCCCAGCCCCCGGCCCAGCCCCGCGGAGCGGAGCCGCUGGAGCCCCCCCGGAGCCGCGCGGCGCCGCCCGCUGUAGCUCGCCGCCUCUCAUGUCCAGGCUGGGACCCGGGCCCCGGCGCAGUGACGUGACCUCGGGCUAGAAGCCGCCGCCUUCCUUCCUUCUCAGCGAUGUAUUCAGUGUUCUCCGCCUGCACUUGCCUAUGUUUACACUUCCUGCUGCUGUGCUUACAGGUACAGGUGUUGGCAGCCGAGGAGAACGUGGAUUUCCGUAUCCAUGUGGAGAAUCAGACGAGAGCGCGGGAUGAUGUGAGCAGGAAGCAACUGAGGCUGUACCAGCUGUACAGCCGGACGAGCGGGAAGCAUAUCCAGGUGUUGGGGCGGAGGAUUAGCGCCAAAGGGGAAGAUGGAGACAAAUAUGCUCAGCUUCUAGUGGAAACAGACACAUUUGGCAGUCAAGUCCGGAUCAAAGGCAAGGAGACAGACUUCUACCUUUGCAUGAAUAGGAAAGGCAAACUUGUGGGGAAGCCUGAUGGCACCAGCAAAGAGUGCGUCUUCAUUGAGAAAGUCCUGGAGAACAAUUACACAGCAUUGAUGUCUGCCAAAUACACAGGCUGGUAUGUGGGCUUCACCAAGAAGGGGCGACCACGGAAGGGCCCCAAGACUCGGGAGAAUCAGCAGGAUGUACACUUUAUGAAGCGCUACCCUAAGGGCCAAGCUGAGUUGCAGAAGCCCUUCAAGUAUACAACGGUGACCAAGCGGACAAGGCGCAUCCGGCCUACGCACCCUGGCUAGAGCAGCCGACCCCACUAGCUUCACCAGGAUGGUGCAACCAUAAGCCACACACACCAACACACACAUAGACACACAGACACACAGACACACACACACACACACACACACAGA